AUGUGCCUAGCUAGAAUUAGGCUUCUUGCUGGAAAUGUCGGAAUUGAUAAAGGUGGAAAUGAUCAAGGCAAAAAUGAUAAAGGUAAAGAUAAUCAAGGUGGAGAUAAUCAAGGAGGAAAUGAUCAAGGUGGAACUGAAGAUGGAAAUGUUCAAACUGUAAAUGUUCAAGAUGUGGAUGAGGGUGGAAAUGAUCAAGGUGGAGAUAUUCGAGGUGGAGAUGAUCAAGUUGGAGAUAAGCAAGGUGGAGAUAAUCAAGGUGGAGAUAAUCAAGGUGGAGAUGAUCAAGGUGGAGAUGAUCAAGGCGGAGAUGAUCAAGGUGGGAAUGAUCAAGGUGGAGAUAAUCAAACGGGAGAUAAUCAAAGUGGAGAUGAUCAAGGUGGAGAUGAUCAAGGUGGAGAUAAUCAAGGUGGAGAUAAGCAAGGUGGAGAUGAUCAAGGUGGAGAUGAUCAAGGCGGAGAUGAUCAAGGUGGAAAUGAUCAAGGUGGAGAUAAUCAAGGUGGAGAUAAUCAAAGUGGAGAUGAUCAAGGUGGAGAUGAUCAAGGCGGAAAUGAUCAAGGUGGAGAUAAUCAAGGUGAAAAUGAUCAAGGUGGAGAUAAUCAAGAUGGAAAUGAUCAAUGA